AUGUCUGUAUUAAGUGUUGAUGUCUAUCAUCUCUGCUUACAAAUCCUGCACGUCCCGCUCUCUGUCUUUGUCAUCCUGGGCAUACUGACAAACGGUGUGAACAUUGUGGUCUUCGUCAAGCAGGGAGUCACGUCUGGAAGCAUCACCUGGGCUCUAUUCGCCAUGUCCGCUACCAGCUUCCUGGCCAGCGUCAUCCUUCUGCCGCAGGUCGUGUGCUAUUACGCGGAAAUGGUGAACGCUGACGUCUACAACGCGUGCUCUUUGAUCUCCACGGCAACGAUCUUCCUUCACUUUAUAUGGAACAAGGUCACGUGCUUCUUCACUGUCUAUAUCAGCGUGGAGAGAGCUAUAUGCGUGGUACGCCCACUGCACGUGCAGACCUACAUGAAGCUACAGUACAAAGUUUUGAUUGUCCUCAGUCUGUGCGUCGUUACCACCUUGGCUUACGUCGGGUAUUCAGCUACGCUGAAAAUAGCUUGGGUCCCGAGUCGAGUGUGGAACGGGACAAUGGUGUUCCUGUUGUCGCAAACAGACUCCAGCCCUCUGUUCUACCUGUUAAACUUCAUAUUCAACUCCUUGGUCGUAACCAACGUAGCCAUUGUUACCAUCGCGACAUCAGCCGUUGUCAUGGUGAUGCGGCUCAACGCCACGCGCAGGUGGAGGGAAUCCGUAUCACACACCGCCAGACCUGCUCAUCCCCGUAAAGGAUCCAAACCCAAACCUUCGUGUAAAUUGUCGUCCAAAAACGUCGAGCUCUGUCGUACUGUGGUGGUCAUCACCUUGUUUUACCUGGCCUGUCUGCUGUGCAGUCACCUGCCAGUGAUGACCUUCUUGGUCAUGCCCGGGGUCUCGUUCGACGGGGAGAAUAAGAUGUUGCUGGACGUCAUUCUGACCAUCAGGUUUGACCUGGACGCCCUCUACUCGUCUCUCAACAUAUUCUUCUAUUUAAAGCUCAGCUCCAACUACAGAGAGAUCUUCUUCUCACUAUUUAACUCUCCAAAAUCGGGUGUACAUUGA